AACCCUUACCGGGUCGCACUGGAUAGAGUCGAACACUAGCUUCUCCCCCCUCCUGUUCACCGGCGACGAAUUCCGCGAAGAAGAGAGGGGCAAUGGCCAUGGCCGCCGCCUCCCCGUUCCUCCUCCUGCAACCUCUAGCGCCCAAGGCCCAUCGCCCUUUCGGACCUCUACACCCCAGCCUCCUCCGGACCCGCCUCCUCCGCUGCUCGCCCAACGGCGGCGCGGCGCCGGAACCCCCUCCUAAACCCACCCCACGCCGCGGGCGGAAGAAGGCGUCGGAGCCGGGCUCGUCGCCGCCCAAGGCGAAGGCGACGAGGCGCAAGACCAAGAAGGCGGGGCAGGACUCCGACUCAGAGGGCGAGGAGGAGCCGGCUGCGAAGCCGAAGACCCGCCGGACCAAGAAGUCCCCAAAGCAGGAAGCCAAGAAGCAGCAGGAGGAGGAGGAGGAGGCCCACGCGGAGGAGCCUCGGAGCGCGGCCCGCGAGGAGGACGCGGGAAGCGACGGCGACGACGGGGCGGAUUUGCCGUACGAGUGGCCGCCGCUGGUGUGCUGCUUCGGGGCGCCGCGGUGGGAGUUCGUGCCGACGGUGCGGGUGUCGGACCAGCAGAUGCACCCCGACCAGUACUCCACCUGGCUGCACCUGCAGUGGGAGCCGCCCGAGUUCGCGCGCUCGCCGGGGAGCGCCUCGAGCAACGUCGCCAUCGCGCUCACCCGGCUCGGCGGCCGCGCCGCGGUGCUUGGCAAGGUCGGCGACGACGACUUCGGCCACGAGCUCGUGUACCGCAUGAACCGCGAGCGGGUGCAGACCCGCGCCAUCAGGUUUGACGGCGCCGCGUCCACAGCCAUCGCCCGGAUGAAGGUGGCGUUCCAGGACAGAGAGGACGGCGAGGGCGGGACAUGUCUGGUGGCCGAGACGGUGAAGAGCUCUGCCGAGGACUCGCUCCACAAGGACGAGAUCAAUGCAGAUGUGCUGAAAGAGGCGAAAAUGUUGCAUUUCAAUUCUGAAGUACUGCUGACGCCGUCAAUGCACGACACGCUCUUCAGAACCAUUGAGCUGUCCAAGAAAUUUGGAAGCAAGAUAUUCUUUGAUCUCAAUUUGCCAUUGCCUUUGUGGAGGUCAAGGGAUGAGACAAAAGAGUUCAUAAAUAGGGCAUGGAAGGAGGCUGAUAUCAUAGAGGUGUCAAGGGAUGAGCUUGAAUUCCUCCUCGAUCACAAGUAUUACGAAUAUAAGCGAGCCACCCCGCCUCAGUAUUAUUUGGAUGGGUUCCAUCUAACAAGGAACUGGCCACAGUACUACCACUAUACCCCUGAAGAAAUUGCUCCGAUUUGGCAUGAUGGAAUAAAACUCUUGCUGGUGACCUAUGGAACACUUCGUAUCCACUACUACACACCCAAGUUUCAUGGCUGUGUGGUUGGAACGGAGGAUGCACUCAUAACUCCGACCACAACUGACCGGACAGGUUCUGGUGAUGCUAUUGUUGCUGCUGCUAUUAGGAAGUUGACAACUUGCCCUGAGAUGUAUGAGGACCAGGAUACAUUGGAGAGGGAGCUCAGAUUUGCUGUUGCUGCUGGUAUCAUUUCGCAGUGGACUAUUGGUGCCGUGCGAGGGUUCCCCACUGAAAGUGCUACCCAGAACUUGAAGGAGCAAGUAUAUGUGCCUUCUAUGUGGUGAUUGGUGAACUAGUAAAUCAUUUCUGAUGAAGGAGGCAGAAACUUAUUUUGCGAGCGUGGUUCAUGAGUGGUGCAGCAGAAGUGAACAGGGAUACUAUUUUACCACAAAAGUUGACAGCAAGCCACAGAGGAAUAUAGAAGUUUAAUGCGAGGAACUACCUGCAAUAUAUCUGAUGAUAGACAAAAAAUGCUACAACAGAAUUCAAUCAUUUCAAUAGCAGCUAAAGGAAAGAAUACAUCAAAUGAAGUAAUGAACAAGGUAUAAGGACGCUUUAAUCAGCGUGUAACACAGGCAGCGAGCCACGUUUCGUACUGUCCAAUCAGCGGGGAACUCUUUUGUGCGAGUGUUUCCAGUCACAGAAGCACUAUUGUAGCACUUCGUGGGGAUAGGAUUGAUUGAUGUGAGACCGGAGAGAAUGCAGCACUCGAAUUCUCUUUUCCUAGAAGCUUAUGUAGAAGUUUUGUAGACUAAGCAAAGCUAGGAACCUCUAGUAAUUUUGUUCAUCUGCAGAACUCAGAGCCUCUGCUGGUCAUUUCUAUCUUGAAUCCCCAUGGCCCUUUUUUUGGUUUUAAAA